AUGACGCCAGAGGCGGAAAAAGAUGCCAUUCAACUCCCACAGGCUUUGGCUGUCAUCAAAUGUGAGGCUCAUACCUCAGCUGAUGAUGAAGGAUCAAAAGGCAACAGAUUUGCCAACGUAGUAGCUAGGAGCGUUGCUGCCGAACAAUAUCUCAUGUUGCAGGCAGCUCGCACCGAAAUGGGGGGGCAGGGUCUCCCUGAAUGUAUCAGUAACAAGCUGUUGCAAACAGCCCAAAAUCAGGCUACCCAGCAGGAAAAACGCUACUGGCAGAAAAAUGGUUGCCACCCUGACCCAACUGUUUGGCGUCACCCUGAUGUACGAAUCGUCUGCCCCCGCAACUUGUUUUUGCCCCUGGCUCACCUGACCCAUGGUCAGGCUCACAUGAGCAAAGGAGGGAUGCAACAUGCCAUUACACAACAGUGGGAUGCUCCGGGGAUAACGCUAAAUUCAGAAAAGGAGAGGUAUUGGAUCCACGUACUUGCCGAUGGCUGCAGAUUAGCUUUGCUCUGGAUCGGGGACAGCUACCUGGAUACUGACAUAAUAUCAUUGAUGUCUAUGCAUUUUGAUAACUUUACAUGUCCAGAGAACACAGGAACUGUCAGUAAUGGGGCAAUGGGUUUUCAUCACAAGCACCAUUCUUUUUUAUGGAAUUGCAUGGGAGAUAUUGUGGCCCAUUACAUUGGAGAUCUUUGGGCUCAACAAGGUCCUUGGCUGAUUGCCCGUGUACCAAAGAAAUGGUGCAACAUUGAUAACCCAGGGGUCUUCAUUGGUAAGGCUCUUAAUGUCACAAAACAGUUCUACCCAAUCCCAUAUCCGGCUUGGGAAAGGUAUUAUGCUCACUGGAAAAAGAAGGAUAUAGAGUGGACCUUUUCAGCUACAUAUGGAGCUCAUGUCUGGAAUUACAUGAAUUCUGAAGAAAAAAAAGUUGUUGCUGGAAGUGGAUCAUUAAUUAAAUAUUUUUUUCCAGUUGCAUUGUCCAAAUAG